AUUAUUUUUUUUAAAUGUGCAACCCACAUCUUCAUUGACAAGUUUUUCUCAAACUCUGGCUUGGUCAUUUACCCCAAUUUAAAACAAGAAAGUCUACACUAGUGUUAAGAGAAUGUCUUAAAAGCCAAAAAAUGGUCAUGUACAAGUGUUUGAAUAAAGAAUUUUAAGUGAUAAGAAAUUAUCAAUGACUAACCUUGGGGAAAAAAAAUCCCCCCCUCGCUUGCAUCUAGACUUUCUCAAAUAUAUUUUCUGUAAAACAAGUGAUUAAUUUGGCCAGGCGUAAAGAGAUAAUAUAAUUCAUUUGAGUCAAGUUUUCAGUUUCAGCCACUACCCGAUGAUGGUAUUUGAUCUAGUUUGAUAAACACAUUAUCAUGAUCUUAAUAUUUCCACAGCAACAAGGGAAAUUCUUAGGAAAGAAGGUGCACUGCUUGAAGGUCAUCUGAUGAACUCUAGUUUAUCCCCAGAUGAAGUCAUGAAGAAAAUGGAUGUGAACUGUAACUUGCCCAGUGACAAAGUGAUCGAAGAUGAUUCCUUAUCCCUGGUGCCUCAAGCAGCAUCAACAUCAGUCACAACUGUGCAGGAUAAAGACAAUGAAGUGCCAGUGAGAGCAGGAGAUGGAAGUCAAAAGAAUUCAAGCCAACCAGUGCCCUUGCUCCCAUCUCUAAAUCCCACUGCAGCCAGUGAUGUGCCAGUGAGAGCAGGAGAUGGAAGUCAAAAGAAUUCAAGCCAACCAGUGCCCUUGCUCCCAUCUCCAAAUCCCACUGCAGCCAGUGAUGAGCAUAUCACAAGCCCCAGGAGCAGGAGCAGUCGAACCUGCCGUCACUGUCGCCACAAGUGUCGGUGCGACAGUAUUUCAUCCCUGAAGAAAAGGGUUGAAAGACUAGAAAAAAUGCUCCAUCAAGCUCCCCAGUCAUCACAGUCAUCACCAGCUGCUCCUGUUCCCCCACCAUCAGAUUCCCACCAAUCAGCCUUGUGUUUGGUCAGAGAACCUAGCCAAACACAACAGAGCAAUCACACUUCUCCUGCUGAAUGCCUUCCAUUCAGUGUGGAAACAGCUUGAAACAUGUUGCAAAAGACAAUGUGUAUGGCACUGUGAAGAAGCUGGCCAUGAGUGUUUUUACAGAACAGGAGUUGUGCGAUUGUUCUGUGAGUGGAAAGCGGUCUGCCAACUCGACAGAAACGCGUUCAGCCCUGAAUGUGGCAAAAUAUAGGAUGUUAGAGCAGGCCGCUUUUCACCAUUUGGGUUCUGUGACCCACAAGGCGAUUGUGGAGAAGCUGCAGAAUGUGCAGAAACAACUCCGACAAAAACAAAAAAUGACAAAAUGAAUCUGUUAUUUAGAACCUGUUUGAAAGUGUAUUAAAAAAGACAUCUGUCUAUAAGAAUAAAAUAUAUUGAAGAAGUUGGGUUUUGUAUCAUCAAUUAACUUGUUCAUUAUUAGAUUAAACGGAAAAUUUCAAUGUACAUGUUAAAUUUUGAGAUUUCUGAGAAAAAGUGAUUUGUUCAUGAAGAGUUCACAAACUCUUCACGAACACAAUCUUUUAUUACAGAUUUAAAACUUAUGAUGUUCAUGAAGAGUUCAUGAACGCAUCACAGAGUUCAUGAU